AUGUCUGGGUCCGGUCAAUUUGUGGGUCAAGUAAAGUUGGCCAUGGCCAUGGGUCGAAUAUGCCAGGCGUGGACGGCUAGCUUUACAUCGGCGAUGUCGGCCUACGAUACGAUCCAGUAUCUCGAUACCAAUCUGAACGUCCCACAUGCGCCUGCCGCGCGCGUAAUCGCCUUCUCUCCAUCCAAGAGCAUUGAAUGGAAUCUACGCUCUAGGCUGCAGAUAAAACGAUUAGGCACGUUUGUACUGCGACAUUGUGUCAAAACGGACGGAAGUUGGUAUCACAAGAACUCCGGGCUUCAGCUGCCGACGAGCAAGACCUUCGCUCAGGCCCGUACAUAUUAUUUUGCCGGAAGACAGGCGGAAGGCAGCGACGAAACCGACAGGGGUCGAAUGGCGAGCGUGGCGAAUGUGGUGCUGCAGCCCCUUGUGAUUAUGACCUCUAUACCCCUUCGGGAAGGGAUGGUCGGACAUGGAGAGGCUGGGCCUGGAAAUAUUGGUCGUCGACAAAGCUCCUUAUACUUUGUCGUCACGAUUCUUGGCAUAGGCCCGGGCGAGGUUACAGAUCGCAACGCUCGACUGACGGAUGAGGCUGAGAGUGUCGCUCGCAGGCAAGGGAGGAGCGCUGAGUAUUGCACGAUGCACGACGUCCCAGAGUGGGAGCGAUCCUCAGACGGGGAGAAGACUUGCUGUGAGGGCCCGGCCCGCAGAAGAUGCCCAGGGACAAUGGGGCGAAUUCGCAAAAACUCGAAGAUGGUGCACAACGCAGAUGGCCUAUCCGACUGGGGUGUUGCGAUACAGCCGAGUAGCGUUCUGUGGGGACCGCAUUUCUCGUCUGCAAUGGGGUCAGGGCAAGGAGACUUAUUCGGCGGGGCGUCCAUGCACGAGACGCCAGACACAUUCGCGACAUGGAUUAAUAUGGAGGGACAACAAGGCGAAUCCCCCCUUGACCGUCCCGCCGGGCUUGAGUGGCACGAUGAGCAAGCAAGAGGAUACGAAAGACAGGUCUUGUAUGGUUCAGAGGGCUUCGGAAAUGAACACAAUCUAAAUGACAGCAUAGACAUGCACAUUCCUGAAGACAUACAGAUGCAACUGAUACCGGGGGCCUGGGCACCCUGGGCGACCCACAAGCCUGUCGCUGAGCCAUCUAGCGUUCCCGGUGCGCUCGGGUACCCAGAUGAUGCGACAGGGGAUGGCAACGCUGCCACUGUCGCUCAUGUGUCGUGCGAGAAUGGGCAAUCCGUAUUUCAUACGAUUGACCCUCAUCUGCUUUACGCAGAAGAGAAUCAAAUCAAUCUGAAAUACGCAGAGUCUCUCGACAGCGACAGGAGCGAAGAAGACGGCGAGGAGGAUCUUGACGAAGAGGAAUGCAAUGACCGCAAUCAGGCCUCCGUCUUCGAUGGAGAGUGCAUACGAUACCCAUACGAUGAGAUCCACGGGUGUUGUGUCAUCAAUCAGGCAAGACCAUCCAUGCUCGACACGAGCGAAGCAUGCGCUGGUGAUGAACAUGGGCAUGAGCAUGACGCCGUCGCCGUCGAAGCUCAGCAACUCACGGGGUCAUGGUCCAUUGCUGCUAGUCCCCCCUUGCGAGUCACCCGCUCCCAGACCCACGCCUCUUCCUCUGGCAACAGCUCUUCGACGAUGACGAAUAUCUCGCAGCCGGGGACGCGUGGCCGAAAGCGCCAGGUUGAUAAUAUGGACGAAGACGAUUCCCAGAAGGUAGCAAAGAAGCAAAGAAGUGGCGAAGCGAACGACGACAGCCUGACGAAGCAGAAGACAAAGGCGAAAGCGACGGAGACGGCGAAGGCGAAGAGCAAGACGAAGGUGGUCAAUACGAGGAGCAAGGUCAAAGGUAAAGUAGGCAGACUGCCAUGCUUGGAGCCCGGAUGUGGGAAGACGUUCGGACGCAAGGGCGACAGAGAUCGCCACUUUAGGAGAAGCUGUACAGAGAGAGACCCAAACGACCUCGAGAAACCCCGCUGCAAGCAUUGCAAGGUGCAACUAUCCAGAGGCGACUCGAUCGGCCGCCAUAUCAAACGCGGUGCGUGUCGUGCCUUGAAACCGCCUCCUAGCGGGUCGUCGAAGGAGUCUGGAGUGUCGAAUAAUCGGAAUGGCGGCAGGCGCAAGAGUGGAGACAAGGGUGGACACGUUGGACGUAGGAGUGUCCGUGCCUAA